AUGGAUGAUCAGGAAGAAAAAGAGCCUCUAGGCUCGGGGUAUUCUCAUACUAGUAGCACAGAGAUUCAUCUUGCUGAAGACACUGAAAAGGAAUCUCCGAAGCUGAAUAAACUUUACAUGUCUUCUUUGGUUUUCUUUUCAAUCAUUGGAGGUUUCUUGUUUGGGUAUGACACCAGUGUUAUUGCAGGAGCUAACCUUUUUAUAAAGUAUGAUUUCGAUUAUUCUGACUUCCAAAAGGAACUUGUUGUUUCAAUGACAACAUUGGGAGCAGCUAUCGGGUCCUUAACUGGAGGUCCGAUUUCAGAUAAAUUAGGUAGAAAGAUUACAAUAUUUGUAGCGGAUUUGGCCUUUGUGAUAGGCUGUGUUAUAAUGGCCUUUACUCCAUCUAUUCCAGUACUGAUUGUGGGAAGAUUUGUGGUAGGCAUUGGUGUUGGAAUAGCAGCCAUGGUAGUCCCUGUUUAUAUAGCAGAGAUCUCUCCGAAAAAUAUCAGAGGAAUUUUGGUUAAUUUAAAUGUUGUUUUUAUUGCAACUGGGCAGUUCUUGGCUCUUGUUGUCUGUCUUUUACUUGGAAAUAGAUGGAGAUAUAUGCUUGGACUCGCAGGAAUACCAGCAUUACUUCAAGGGAUAGGAAUUAUCUUCAUGAGCGAAUCCCCAAGAUGGCUUUUUAAAAAUAACAAAGAUUCUGAAGCAAAGAAGUCAAUCAGAAGAAUUUAUAAGGAGUCUGAAGAAAAUUUAUAAGCGAAAUAAUACAUGAACAAAAAGAAGAGGCUAAUAAAGUUAAACAGUAUGAAAGCUACUCUUAUUUUGUUUUGCUCAAGCAAUCCUUUACAAAAUAUUGACCAUGUCUUCUUGUCGGAUGUGGACUACAAAUGUUCCAACAAUUAUGUGGUAUAAAUACAGCAAUGUAUUACGGUCCUGAUAUUAUGCAAGCAGCUGGAUUUGGAGAUAAAGAUAAUCCCAAAGAAACUCUAAUUAGCUCUCUUCCUCUGGCCUUUGUAAACGCAGCAGGAGGAGUCAUUGCCUGAUUCUUUAUAGACCGAAUGGGAAGAAGAUGGAUCUUACUUCGUACAUUACCCUUCGUUGCUCUUUUUAUGGGUUUCAUCGGACUAGGAAUGGGAUUAAGGAAUCAUACAAAUGAAACUCAAAAUCUAGCUCAACAAUUUGGAAAAUGGUUUGCAGCAAGUGGAAUUUUCUUAUACCUCUUAGCAUUCUCGAUUGGAAUGGGCCCAACUCCUUGGACUGUUAAUUCGGAAAUCUACCCAUUACAUCUCAGAGGAGUUUGAAAUAGUCUCUCUGCUACUACAAACUGGGUAUCAAACUUUGUUGUAUCCCUAAGUUUCUUGACAUUGCUCAACCAUGUCCCCUAUGGCGAUGUUAUUGCAUUUCUCUUGAUCCUAUGAUUUGCAUCAUUCACUCUACUUUUCGUGUUCAAGCUUCUUCCUGAAACCAAAGGUCUGACACUUGACAAAGUCCUUGAACUCUUCGUUAAGGAAGAAGAUGAACAAUUUGCAAUUAUGGAUGACUAAAGCUGCAAUAAUCUUGAAAAUAGUAUCAAUA